AUGAGAAGAGUUGAGAAGAUUGAGCCACUUAAAUUUUUAGAAAACGUCGUUCUUUUACUACGUAUUCUCAACACUCUUUUCUCCACAAAAUCCCUGAACUCCUGCAAGAUACAUCAAAGGUUGAUUCUCAUGUUUGAUGGAAAACGAUGGAAAUUCAAUGAUAAAGAUAAUUCAUUCUUUACAAAUAUUGAAGUAGAUAUUUAA